AUGACAAACAUUCGAAAAAAACACCCACUACUUAAAAUCAUUAACGAUUCAUUCAUCGAUCUUCCAACCCCAUCCAAUAUUUCAUCAUGAUGAAACUUCGGAUCCCUACUCGGCAUCUGCCUAAUAAUCCAAAUCCUAACAGGACUAUUCCUAGCAAUACACUACACAUCAGACACAACUACAGCAUUCUCAUCAGUAACACAUAUCUGCCGAGACGUAAACUACGGCUGACUUAUUCGAUACAUACACGCAAACGGAGCCUCCAUAUUCUUUAUUUGCCUGUUCCUACAUGUAGGCCGAGGAAUAUAUUAUGGCUCAUACACAUUCACAGAAACAUGAAAUAUCGGAAUUUUACUCUUAUUCGCCGUAAUAGCAACAGCAUUCAUGGGUUACGUACUUCCAUGAGGACAAAUAUCAUUCUGAGGAGCCACAGUAAUUACCAACCUCCUAUCAGCCAUCCCCUACAUCGGGACAACCUUAGUAGAAUGAAUCUGAGGAGGAUUCUCAGUAGACAAAGCCACCCUAACCCGAUUCUUCGCAUUCCAUUUCAUUUUACCAUUCAUCAUCACAGCCCUCGCAGUAGUACAUCUGCUAUUCCUACAUGAAACAGGAUCUAACAACCCAUCAGGCCUCAACUCCGACGCAGACAAAAUUCCAUUCCACCCUUACUACACCAUCAAAGACAUCCUAGGAAUCUUACUACUAUUAACAGCUCUCAUAAUUUUGGUUUUAUUUUUCCCAGAUAUUCUCGGAGACCCAGAUAAUUACACUCCUGCAAAUCCACUCAAUACUCCCGCACACAUUAAACCAGAAUGGUACUUCCUAUUUGCCUACGCUAUCCUACGCUCCAUCCCUAACAAGCUAGGAGGAGUCCUAGCCCUAAUCAUAUCCAUCCUAAUCCUAGCCUUACUACCACUCCUUCAAACUUCAAAACAACGAGGACUGACAUUCCGACCAAUUACCCAAGUAUUAUUCUGAAUCCUAGUAGCCAAUCUAUUCACUCUCACAUGAAUCGGAGGGCAACCUGUCGAACACCCAUUUGUUAUAAUUGGACAACUAGCCUCUAUUAGCUACUUUACCAUUAUUAUCAUUCUUAUGCCUAUCGCAGGUAUAAUCGAAAACAACAUAUUAAAAUUUACUUAUU